AAAAAUUGUUGUAGACAGAACAAUGUAGCAAUAAAAAAAAUACCUUCUGCUGAUAUAAACGGCGUCGUUUUUGGCAGCUUACAAACGCCUCCAUCUCUCAUGGAGCCAUGGUUCUAGAGAGAGAGAAAGAUGAACGUUCAUGGCGGAAACCAGAUUGAAUUUAAAAUCCCAUCGAAACCCAGUUGCAGAUGAAUGGCAAAAGCUUUAAUUCGAUGUGUUUUUCAUCUAUCUCUUCCUCCAUUUCAACGUUACUACUCUUCUUUCACCUCAAAUAAUUUCUCUCUCUCUCAUAAAAUUUUAACAUAUCUUAAUUCUCGAUGUUUUGAGAAGACGCAAGUCAAACAAAUUCAUGCCCAGUUAUUAAUAUCGGGUCGUCUAAAAAUCCCAUUUUUUGGAAGUAAGUUACUUAGACUUUCAUCCCAAGUUGAUGAUUUGUGUUAUAAUUUGAGUGUUUUUGAUAGCAUUGAUUUUCCAGAUUUAGUUUGUUUUAACACUUUGAUUAAGGCUUACUCUGCUAGUUUGUUGCCAUUGAAAGGUGUCAGCUUUUAUUUUGAGAUGCUGAAAUCUGGGAUUUUCCCCAAUUCUUAUACUUUUCCUCCAUUGUUUGGUUGUUGUGCUAAAGUGGGGAGUUUUAGGGUAGGUGAGAUGUGUCAUGGUCAAGUAAUUAAGAAUGGGUUUGAUGGAGUGAUACAAAUUCAGAAUUCUUUGAUUCAUAUGUAUGCUUGUUGUGGGGUGAUUGAGGUUGCAUUGAAGGUGUUUGAGGUUAUGCUUGUGAGGGAUUUAGUAUCCUGGAAUUCAGUACUUGAUGGGUUUGUGAAAGUGAGUGAUUUGAAAACUGCGCACAACAUGUUCGAUGCAAUGCCGGAGAGAAAUGUGGUGUCUUGGAAUAUUAUGAUGACGGGGUACCUAGAAGGGCACAACCCUGGGUGUGUGUUGAAACUUUUUAGGCAGAUGAUGGGAAGUGGAAUAUCAGGGAACAGUACUACUAUAGUUAGUGUGGUUGUUGCUUGUGGGAGAUCUGCUAGGUGGAAAGAAGGAGCAUCUGUACAUGGUUUUCUUGUGAGAAGGUUAUGGAAUUUGAGCUUGAUAAUGAACACGGCCCUCAUUGAUAUGUAUAGUAAAUGCUUAAAAGUGCGAGUGGCUCGUAGGAUUUUUGAUGGCCUUCAUGAAAGGAAUUUGGUGUGUUGGAAUUCAAUGAUCUUAGGGCAUGGUCUUCAUGGCAAUCCUGAAGAUGGACUUCAUUUAUUUGAAGACAUGAUACUUCGGAUGAAACUAGAUAGUGAAGCAAAAGCUCAAAGCUAUGUGAAUGUAGGUGGAACACAACAGAUGUUCCCAGAUGAAAUCACUUACAUUGGUGUUCUAUGUGCCUGUACACGUUCAGGGCUGUUGGAAGAAGGGAGAGCCUAUUUUUCUCAGAUGGCCAGUUUGUUCGACGUAAAGCCCAAUUUUGCUCAUUAUUGGUGCAUGGCAAAUCUACUGGCCAGCAAGGGGCUUGUGCAAGAAGCACUAGAAACUGUCAGGAAAGUGGAGGAGUUUGUUGUCGAUACGCCAUCAGAAUCAUUGUUGUGGGCUAGUUUACUUGGCUCAUGCCGAUUCCAAGGUGAUCUAUCUACUGCAGAACAAGUUGCAAAGGCCUUAAUUGAAAUAGAGCCACAUAACUCGUUGUGCUAUGCACUACUCUUAAAUAUUUAUGCUGCUGCUGGUAGGAGGGAGGAUGCUGCUGAGGUGAAGGAGCUGAUGAAAGAAAGAGUAGCUGGGAAAUUACAUGGUUGUAGCCUUGUAGACUUGAUAGAAAUUGUUCACAAUUUUAGAUUAGGCGAUAAGAUGCGGUGUGCAACAGAGACAGCCAAUUUGGUGGAUGAAAUGGCUCGAAUAUGCAAUUCCUCAUAUGCUCAUGUGUUGCAGCCAUCAAUGCUUAAGACUGGAUGUCAAAUUUAGUCUCAAGAGGAAUCAUGUUCCAUUCAUUUUUCCAUAUGGAUAUCUAUAUGAUGCCAAUGGAUGCUUGCAGCUCAAGUGCUCAUGCAAAGUAAUGGCAGAUAGCCAAAUACUGAAAAUGGUGUUGAUGAUGGCCUGAAGCUCAAACUCGUAACACCAUCUGCAAAAGAGUAAUUGAAUUUAUGGGAUUCAUAACCGAGGGCUCGGUGAUGCAGCUAUCUGGUGAAGGGGAAGAUGAUGGAUAAAACUCAGGAAGGACCCCAAAAGAUCAGGAAAGUGUUUUCGAGGUAAAAUUAAAAAGGCUCUUUCAACUUAUGCAAGCCUCAAUUUGGUGCCAAUUUUGGGACAAACUUGAGCUAGUUGAGUGACAUAUACCUUUACUUUUCUUGACAGUUUUCCAGUUUGACCCUGUUCUAUGUUGGCCUUUCAUAGGUUAGCUAAAGAAUAAUUGUAACAUUUGGUUGCUGCUGAUUUCCUUGUAAAGUACUGCAAUCAAUUUACAUCUCUCAGGGCACAACAAACUUUUUUAAUGCA